GAAAAUUCUUCUUUCGCAAUGUGCUCUUUGACCCUGCCUGAAGACACGUGACCUUCAGUGGCACAUCACAUUAGAUCAGCUGAUCUUUUCACAGCUCGCCUUGGCGAGCCUCACCAACACUUGUCCACACCGCGUCACAGAGCAGACUGGAGAGUAAUCGCUCUGCAUCCUCAUCGCAUGGCUUCUUCAUCCUCAACUUCUUUUCGGCCCCAGGCUCCGCCCUCCGUCACCCCCUCCGACAUUCAACAAACGAUCGCCCUCAUCCAAUCCCUCUCCGCACCCGCAUCGUCCACCGCGGUACAGGAGAUCCAGUCGACGCUCCUCUCGCUGCAGCGCGCCCCCGCAGCCUGGUCCCUUGUCCUCCCGCUGCUAUCUUACACGGCGGACCCCAACGUCCAAUUCUUUGGCGCGCACACCGCGCAGGCGAAGAUCGCGCGAGGCGAGGCCGACGCGCAGCUCCCCGCGCGCGAGAGGAACGGGCUACGGCGGCUGCUCCUCGGGGUGCUGGGUGCACGGGACGCGGUGGGCGCGAGCGUGCGUGGGACCGGCGUCGUGCGGCGCAAGGUGUUCGGUGCCAUCGCGGCGCUCGCUGUGCGCGUGUGUUCCCGGGAUCCGAGACUUGUUCGAGCGGCCGGAGAAGAAGAGGGCGAGGUAGACGAGAGUUGGGAUACGUGGAUCACGGAUGUCGUGCAGACGCUGGUCGAUGCAGGGGCACCCGGGGCGCAGAUUCACGAGUUUUUGGCUGGUGCCGCGGAGGAUGUGGGGUCUGCACAGCUGCUACCUCAGCCCAAAAUCCGCCUGGAAUCGACUCUCCGCCGAGCUGCGCCACUCGUUCUGCCUUCCGUCGCCAGCGCCAUCUCUGUCCACCUACAAACACCGACUACACCUUCAGAAGAGCUCACGGCAGCGCUUGGAUGCUUCACCGCAUGGCUUCCUACAACACUGCUUCCGGACUCCGAGAUCGCUGCUCUGGUGCCGCAACUAAUCUUACUACUCUCGUCCUCGAAUUCGGCAGUCCUCGAAGCGGCCACACGGACCCUGACGGACCUUCUCUCGAGUCCCCCAACGUCUUGGUCGCCGUCCGUCGUCCUGGAGCCGCUGAUGCUCUGGGCAGGGCGGGCAUUUGAGCCGUGCCUCGAUCCACGCUAUGAAGUCCCCUCGUACUCCUCCUACGGCGUAUCGGCUGGUGACAAUCUGCCGAAACAGACACUCAGGCUGCUGCACACACAUGCGGGGCUGGUGAUCUCACUCGCAGAAAGCGGAGUCGAGUGGGUCGCAGCGCACAUCGUCGACGCGUCGCCGGUUUCCGGCGAUCAAGUCCCGCGCGCUAUUCUCGCGCAAGGCUUAAUGCGCAUGAUGCUGGCGCUAACGGCUCUGGAUCCCGGCGGGAUCAUCUUGUUGCCACACGCCGGCGAUGAUGAUGACGGGGAUGAGGGCGUUGUAGCAGGGGGACCGCUCAGUUUCUGGUAUCUCCUGCAGGAGGCGCUCUGGGAGGUCCCGGUCGCGGGCCACGAUGCGACUCCGGAUGAUCGGGAAGAUGACGAGCUGGAGCGGCUGCGAAUGGGCGGGGGGCUCGGUGGGACCCCAUUCACGCCUGCGGCGUCGAGGACGGCCUCUUUCGGAUUCUCGUCUGCAUCAGAUGCGCUAGGAUCAGAAAAGGGAAGAAAGGCGCACUCGACGGCGCUGUAUGUUGCUGUUGUGCGGCUUUUGCUGGCGAAGAUCACGCAUCCGGCACCGGGCGCUUGGGACGACGAUCAGUUGGAGGUGUUUGCGGUGUACAGGCGCGACGUGGGAGACACAUUGUUGAAUGCGUACUACAUCCUCCGAGACGACCUGCUUGUCUUCUACGUGUCACAGGUUGAAGCAGGUCUAGACAGCCGGUUUGCAUCGUCUGCUGGAUGGGAGCCGAUCGAAGCGGCAUUCUACUCGCUUUCCGCACUGCAUGAAGCGCUCGAUACCGAGUCCUUGACGCAGAAUCCGAGCAGCGCGGGAGCAUUAGCGCUCCAGCGCCUGUUCCGCGAAUCUAUCUGGGGACGACUACCUGGUCCCGCUAGCAAGAGCGUGGCCGAGAGCAGACUACGGAGAACGGCUUUGGGCCUGAUAGACACAUUUGCAAGCUACUUCGCGACAGAUGCGGGCGGGGCUGCGCUAGGUGUUGUGCUAACGUAUGUAGUCGCUGCUUUGACCGGGCAGGAAGUGGGAGAGGAGGAUAGCGUAUGUCUCAGUGCCGCACUUGCGCUGCGCUCGCUGUGUGACGCCAACCGGCGUGCGCUGGCAGGGCAGAUUGCCGCAUUUGGACAGGUGUACGCGCGAUUGAGUGUUGUCGGGGAUACGGAGAAACCCAAGAUCCUGCAGAGCAUUGCGAGUGUCAUCCAGGCGUUGCCACCGCACGAAGCAGUCGACCCGCUCGAGGCCAUUGUCGGGCCUGCAGUACAGGGUGUGCGGGAGGCAAUCACAGCUGGUGCAGGUACUCAGGACGACGAGCCCCGGCUCCAAGCAAUCUUGCAGCUUUCCAUCAUUGCCGGCAUCGCACGGGGCCUGACGCGAGCAGACGCAGAGUCGUUUUCCCUGGACGAUGACGAAGAAGACACCUCGUCCUCUCCGACACCAUUACAACUCAUCCACGCCGUUCGCUCCGAUCCCCGAAUCGCCUCGCUACGAGACGCGAUCUUCGAGUGCAUCUCGAGGACACUGCAGCUCUGGUCGACGGAUGCGGAGGUGUGCGCCGUGCUGGGCGAUGUCGUGAAGAGCAUCACCGCCUUGCCGGCGGACGUGACGUUGCUGACGCUACCCGGUCCCCCCGUCCUACGGCUGGUCGUGUCGGUCGCGGAGCAGCAGCUGAGCGCGAGCUGGCUGAGUCUCGCUGCGGGCCUGGUGGCAGCGAUGAAUCCGCCCCCGGCCAUCCUGGCAGCGCGCACGCAGCCCAAUGCGGAGGCGGAAGAGUGUGUGACCGCUGCGCUCGGUGUGCUGGCCCGCGCUGGGCUGAGGGUGUUUGAGGGGAACGGGAUCGUCGACCACCCGGAUAUCGUGCAGGACUUCUUCGGGCUGAUGGACCGGAUUGCGCAGGACUUUACGGCUUCGUUCGCGUCGCUUCUAUCGACGCCGUCGACAUCGGCGCCGUCGCUCUUCGACGCGCUUAUUCAGACCACUCUCAUCGGCAUCUCGCUGCCCGAGCGGUACUCGUUCGUCGGCGCGACGAAUUUUCUCGCGACGCUCAUCCACCGGCUCGCGCUCUUCUCGCCCAUCUCCGAUGCGAUGCGCACCGUCCACCGACACCUCGUCCUCGUCCACGGUCGGAACGUCGUCAAGGUCGUGCUGGAGGGGUUCGCGGGCACUGCGCCCCGCAGCGCGAUGAACAACCUGCUCGAGCUCCUCGGCGCGAUCGUCUCGCGGUGGGACGACGCGCUGCUCGGCGCGCAGGGCGGUGCGCGAAACUGGGUCCCGCAGAUCCUGGCCGCGGAGGAUUUCUAUCCUGCGAGCCGGGCCGGGCCGGAAGCCAAGGAGCGCUUCGCGAAGGUUGUUGUGAGCAGCCGCAGUGUGAAGAAAACGAAGGAGGCAGCGAACCAGUUUAUGAUGGUCAGCCGGGGAUUGGAAGGCGGGCUUUUCGGGUAUGUCACACAGUCGUAGAUUGUGGGAUAGGUUGUGUAUAUAGACUGCACUGCGGGCUGUAUAUUAUUUAUGUAUACACUCUAGAAAUCUCAAGACUAUUCCGCGGAACAGCAGUUACUGCACGCGUGAA